CCGGCUCAUUUCUCAGAUCUCAGCCACGGUCCACUAUGUCCACCCCGGCGUUUCCUAAAUCACCUAGUAAUGAUACCUUCGAUAUACCCAAACCGGUUCCAGCAAGUCCGACUGGAUUGGCUAACAUUCUCUUGACGGAUUCUAGAUGUUUUGCCAUCCUGUUUUUAUUCUUUGCGCUUUCCGUUCACACUGCACAUCUCUUCUCUAUUAUUGGCUUCUCUGACGAACGAGCUGUGCGCGCUGUGUUUGGCGCUGUCUUCAACGAGUGGGCCAAGGUUCUCAUGAAUGGACGGUACUCUGAGCUUCCACACUUCAGGAAACGGUGAAAAGUCUUACUCCGGACGUUAUGGGGCUAUCUAUGUCAUCCCGCCAACUGCCGGACAAGCUCUCCUCAUCCAUCGAUUUAUUGACCGACGACCAAGUCAAAGUGCUUAUCGAUGUAGCAGUAAGCCGCAACGAUGUGGUCGGGAUCAGACACAACCCAGGUAUCAGCUGGAUGCCUGCCACGGCACGGAGAAUCGCCCCAGACGCUGUCGCGAAAAAAUGCGAUCCUCACGGUCGAUGUCCAUCCGCAUUCCAAAGGUCCGGCGCACUCUUCCUAUGCACGAGAAAGAAUCAUUGUCAGGCUGUUAUUCGAUGUGGCUCGUGAUGGACUUCAUCGACGGCGAUGUAAUGGAGACGACAUGGCCACAGAUGAGCUGGUGGAAUCGCUUAUGGACUGUAUGGAAGCUGCGGAAAUUCAUCCGGGAACUGCACCAUGUUCCCGUUCCCCGACCCAACGUCCCAGGCCCAUUCGAUUCCACUGAUAAGGCUUUGGCAUGCAGCGGAUAUAAUUUCUCCGAAACCGGGGCGGGACCUUUCGAGUCGUACAGUGCCAUGGCGGACUGGUUCGACCACCUCCGCUACUCCCUCCUCGUAGACCUGCAUAUGAACUACGGGAGUUUCAAACCACAUCUGUAUCCCAUGUUCGACGCUUCCCAUCCUCCAGUUCUAUGCCAUAUGGAUCUUAAUAUGCGUAAUAUUAUCGUGGACAAGAGGGGCGACGUUUGGUUAGUCGACUGGGGCAUGGCCGGCGCGUUCCCUCCAUAGUUUGAGUACGCGAACAUGGUUUUAUUUGCAAGGGCAGUCAUAAAAGAAUGCCGUUUACCAAAAUCAUGGCUGUUUUUCGUGCUUUUUGUUGCUGGUAAUUAUCAGUGGUACGAGGCGGAGUAUCUUCAUCGUCUGGAAUAUGCGUUUGGAAGAUCGUGGCUUGAUCAUCCGAAAGGAUAUUUUGAGCGGUUGGGGUCGGAUAUCACGCUUCGACGGGCUUGUUGAGAUAGCUGUUCAACAGGCCGCACAGUUUCAGUCAAAGCUGUCAUUGAACGGAAUCAUGCCUUCAGAGGUACCACGAUCGCUUGCUCUGCCAUCAUCACUGAUAACCGUACUUUUCUUUCUCUCUUCCUAUUAUCAAGAACUAUCGUUUGCAGGAUACGUUCCGAGAGCAGA